AUGACCAAAGUCGUCUCACUUUUCUCUGAAAAUUAUAUGUCAUCUUCAAACAUUGCAGAUGGCGCAUCCGUCUUGUUGGCAGGAAUUGUUGGAAAUGAUUAUUAUCUGUUUUGGUCUAGUAAUGAUCCAUACAUAGACCUUUGGUUAGGUCACAAUUCCAUCUGGUAUUCCAUACUUCAAUUCGCAAAAAAGCUUCCAGCUAUGAAGGAGUCAAAAAAUAGAAAAGAUUCAAUUUUGAUGUGUCAAAGAAGCCAAGAUGAACCAUCUACGAAGGGAACGCUUUUGGAUUCAAUUCUGAGAAAUUCUUGCGAAUCAAGUCAUUUAUUAGGAGGAAAAGAAUACAUACCUGCCAGUAUUGAUAGUUAUGCCACAUAA